AAAGAUCUGAUAAAGUGGUAACCGGCACGCUACCACGCGUACCGAACAAGCUGAUCGCGUCGCACGCGCUACCCCUACCCUCUCUACCCGUGCACCAAGCAAAACCGGCGCUGCUCCGCUGAUUCGCCCCCCGAUCCGACCGCCGCUCAACCCCACCGGCCACCGCCGCGCAACCCCACCGGCCACCGCCGCGGACAGCCGGGAUGCCGAAGAAGAUGGGUGUCAACUCCAAGGCGGAGGCGGCCCGCGAGCGCCGCUCCGCCGCGGAGUCCGACCGCCGUGAGCGCGUGGAGCGCUCCAAGGAGGAGGAGUACUGGCGCGAGGCCGAGGGCCCCAAGUCCCGCGCCGCGCGCCGCCGGGAGGAGGACGCCGAGAAGCGCGCCGAGGCCGCCGCCCGCAAGGCCGAGAACCGCCGCCUCGCCGAGGCCGAGGCCGCCUCCGCAGCCGCCGCCGCGCCGUCCAAGACCGCCGCCCGCAAGGCCUCCCGCGUCGGCGCCCCGGCGCCCAAGGUCACCGAGGCCGAGCUCGCGCGCCGCCGCGAGGAGGAGCGGCUCCGCCUGGAGCGCGAGGCCGAGGCCGCCAAGAAGCGCGCCGCGCGCACCGCCGAGGAGGAGGAGUACGAGCGCGUCGUCUUGGUCGCCAACACCAACAGGGACGACUCCAUCAUCGAGGCGAGGUCGGUCGACGAGGCCAUAGCGCGGAUGUCGCUAGUUGACUCUGAGGGGCCCUUGCCCGCCGAUAAGCACCCUGAGCGUCGCCUCAAGGCCUCUUUCAAGGCAUUUGAAGAAGCAGAACUCCCUAAGUUGAAGGAAGAAAAGCCAGGCCUGACACUGAAUCAGUACAAAGACAUGAUAUGGAAGCUAUGGAAGAAGUCUCCAGACAACCCUCUUAACCAGGCUGCCGAGUGACGAUACAUUCCUACCGAGUUCUAGAAUUUCCAAGGCGCCAGACGGUCAACUCCAGAUAUUCAUGGACUGAACGUGUGGGAGACAAUCAUCUUCUCAGCUAAUAAUUUACAAAAUGAUCCAGUGUAUAUUGUGAGAGCUCGUUUUUGUUAGCUGUUUUGUUCGGGUUACUGUCGUGCUUAAUGUGUUUCGGGGGCAUGUUCACUUAAUUUCAACAAUUGUCAAAUUGAAACUGCGGUUCACAUAAAUAGCUAUGGCCUAUGGCAGUGGCUCUCUCCCCACUUGUAGGGGCA